GUCUAGUUAAAUAACUUUUCUUUUGUUGCUUCGACUUCUUUGAACUAAUAACACAGAAGCCCACGAAUCGAGCAGAAAACUCGUGCUCUCCAAAAAGUCGGAAAAUAGCUCUUUCUUUAACAGAAAAUGUUCGCUACUUUCUGAUUUCAAAAACUUAAGGAUAUUGUUCUAUUUUUCUAAAUUUGAUGCAGUUAUCAUGACAACGAGUAUGAAUAUUUUUAAACCUGUGUGACACUGUCUACUUAAAAAUUCCAUCAUUCAUUUCUUAUUCCUAUGUGGCUUGAGAGAAACGCUAAAAACGAAUCUCUUUUAAGUAACUCAAAGAACAAUUUGCUAAAGAAGAAUGUUUACCAGAUUAUUCAUGAUAAUUGUACGAACGACAAAUUAACACAGAAUAAAAAAGCAUCUGAACCAAGUAAGAAGAUAGUGCAAAACAUGAGACAGAGACAUAGGUCAUGCACCCCAGUAAAAUUAUCCACAAGUUUUCAAGUCCAUAAAUUUAACGAAGUUUGUACAUUAAAACAUCUAAACCAGAUUCAUGGAUUAACGGAUGGUCCAGAUGACUGUAUAAAACGAUCUAUGAGUAAUUUUUCUCAACAACUCUCAACUCAACAAAUCAAUAAAUCAAAUAGAUCAAAAAGCAUCGUAUCGAUCAGUCUACGUAAAAGUGAAUUCUUAAAUAAUGACGAAGAUAGAGCACUAUUCGCGAAGCAAAGAUCUAUAAAAUUUACUCAAGUAUUCCGUUUUACUUCUGAUAUCUAAAGUAAAUACAUAAGCUAUUACACUAUAUUUUUUUCAUUUCUAUAGACUAUUCCUAUGUUCUUUACAGUGAUUUAUUCUAGAACAUUAGGACAUUUAACUUAUAAAUAGAUAACCGUUUAAACAAAUUUUUGAUUCGUUCAUAAAUAAUGUCCUUUAAUAAUUUACAUUUAGACGUCAUAUCUAUUUUAAAUCACGACUUUUCUCACACAAAUUAUG